AUGACAAAAUGCUUAGUAAUAUUAAAAAAGCUAUUAUUGGUUUUGAUACUUCCAACACUAUUUAGAAGUUUUAUUCUUAGCUUAAAAUGGUCUAAAGAUCAAAAAGACAUAUCUUUAAAAAAAUGUUUUUUUUUUUUAAAUAAUACGUAUAAAAUUAAAAGAAAUAUUACAAAUAAUUUAAAUAUAUUUUUCUAUAAAAAUUUAUUUAGACAAAAAUAUAUAUUCUUUAAUAAAUACUCUAAAAGCUCAUGUAUAAAAAAAAAUAUCCUUUUCUUUAAUUUUGAAAGUUACAUAAAUGACAAAAAAAAAAAAAGCAGAAUUCCAUUUUAUAAAAAUAAAGCCAAAAAUAUAAAAAUUAAAUUUUCUUUAUAUAAAUCCACGAUAAAAAACAAAAUAUUCGCUUUUGAUAACGAUAAAAACAAACUAUUAGAAGGUGUAGAAAAUAAAAACAAUUUAGAUAUUUUAAAAAAAGAUAAAGAUAAAAAAGAAAAUUAUGUAGGAAACGGAAAAGAAAAAAAAGACAUAAAAAAAGAUGAAGAACAAAUAAAUUUAGCUAGAUCUUUUUUAACGGAUACAAAAUACUAUAAAAGAAGUAAAUAUUCUAAGGCUGGAUUCUUGAAAGAAAAAAAAAAUGAUAUAUUUACAAAAAAAAAAGAAAAUUUUAUAUCUAAUGAUUUUUUUAAUGAUGAAUAUAAUGACUCGUAUACAGAAUCAAAGGAUGAUUUACUGAAGAAUAACUUAAAAAAAAAUAUGGAAAAUGAAAAUAUUAGUUUGUCUACUCUAUUGAUAAGAAAUUAUUUUUCUGACCAUAAUAGAAGUAAUGAUUUAGAUUUAAUGAAUAAAAUAAAUGUCAAUGAUAUGAAAAUAAAUUAUAUUUCGGAUUCAAUUAAUCCAAUGAAUGAAAAAAAAAAUAAUAAUAGCAAUAAUAAAAUAUCCUUUAUGAAUGAAUUUACUGUUAUAGGAGAAAUUGUUGGUGUUUUUGGCUUAUUAGGUUAUGUUAAAGUAAUUAGUUUUACUACGUUUAAUGAUAUUAGAUUUAAAAAUAAUUGUUACCGAUAUCUUUUUAUGAAUAAUUAUCCUUGUCCUUUACCAAUUAAAAUAAUAAAUGUGAAAGAAUCAUUAAAAAUAAAUUUUCUUUAUAUUAAAUUUGAAGGUAUAGAUACUAGAACUGAUGCAUUAAAAUUGAAAAGUUGCUUAAUUUGUGAUGAUAAAAGAACAUUUCCUGAAAUUGGUGAAAAUAAGUAUAUAUCAACAGAUUUACUAAAUUUUGAUAUUUAUAUUUUUAAUGAUUUUACUAAUACGUCAAUAGGGAAAGUUUUCAGUUUUGUAUCGAAAUAUGAUUACAUAAAUAGUAGAUCUAUACAGGAAAUAUCAGAUGAUCUUAUUAAAAUAGAAUUAAAUAAAAAUAUAUCUUUAAAAAAAGUUUUUAACAUCAUAAAUGUAGCCAAAUCAAAUAAUGAUUCCAAUUCUGAAAAUAAUUCUUCUAUAAAAAACUGGGAGCCUAUUAAUGUAUUAAUAAAUAAAAAUAAUUUUAAUAUUUAUGAGCAUGAUGAAAAUAAUUUAAAUAAAUUAAAAAAAGGGAGCAAAAAUAAUUAUGAUACUUUAGAUAAUAUAGAAGGCUGUUCUUAUAAAAAAAUAUACAAAUGUGAUUAUUGUGAUUAUGUUUUUGAUAACUUAAAAGAAGCAAGUGUACAUGAAAAUUCUCAUUUUAAUAGUGAUAAAGAGCUAUUAGAUAAUUCAUUUGAAAUCAAUAAUCAAAAAGAAAAAAUUUAUGAAGUAACACAAACCGAUGUAGAAAAAAUAAAAAACGUGGAAUAUUUUUUUAUUCCUAUAGUAAAAGAAAAAACAAUAAGAUGUGUAAAUUAUGAAAAUAAAAAAAUAUACUUAGAUAUAUCAACUAUCUUUUUAAUAGAUGAUAAUAAAUAG